UCUAAACAAAACCAUACCCAAAUUCAAUACAGAUAGGAAGUGGCAUUAUGUAUAAUUCACGAAAACUACCAGUUUCUUAACACAUGUGUUUUGUUUACACUUCGCAGGUCAAAACGGUUUAAAUUCGGAUAAGUCAAGUCGGAAAAAAGUCAAACCGACCACGUACAGUUGUCCUAGCCUUUCAUAGACACUGAUGCAGAAUGCAAGAAUGUUUUUCCUUCCUUUACUUCAAAGGCAGAUAAAUGUACCAAUCAUGAUCAGAGUGGCAAGGUACCUCUGUAUGACGUCGUAUCACAAGAGACACAUUGGCAGAAUGAUGACAUAUUCUGUUGUGAAAUUCCUUGGAAAGCAUUGUGCAAAAUUACAAAACAAUUGUUCUUGUUUAUAUAGCACUUCAUUGUUUGCUAGUGACAGGGACAUUGACUCAACUUAUUUCACAUUUGAUCAUGACUUGGCCAAAAAUCUUCAAGAUAUGGAGAAGUUGCAACAUAACUUGAAGCUCCGUGGAAUAAGCUUUGAUAUCCACCAAUUGAAAGCUAAUUAUGAAGAGUUAUGUUCGCUUGACAAGAAGCGAUCAGCAAUUGAACAAAGACGUUCUGAGGUUGCACACCACAUUGCUGUCAUUGUGAAGAAUCAGAAGGAAAGUAAAACAAACAUGCCUGGAGUAGCAGAGAAAAUGAAAAUACUGAAAGAGGAAGGGAAAACUUUAAAAGAGGCACACAAAGUAGUUCAGGCUCGCUUGUGGGAAGUGGAGGAGAAGGUGAUACGUUCAGCACUGUCCCUGCCUAAUGAAGUACAUCCAGAUGUGCCAGAAGACAAAGAAGUUAUUGUGGAGGAUUAUUUGGCAGACAAGCGUUUAAGGAUUGUGGACAAGGACCAUCAUGUCAUUCUUGAAGAGUCAAAUAUGGUGAAAAUAAGCAAUGUGGGCUCGAGGGCAUACUACUUGCGCGGUCGUCUUGCAGUGCUUGAACAAGAGCUCAUAGACAGAUUCACGACUGAGUUACACAGAAAGGGGCUUACUAUGAUUCUGGCUCCUGAAAUGUUUAAAACGGCUCUUGUGGAAGCCGGUGGUUUAGAUGUGGUGGAUCCCAGCUCUGCAUACAGACUCAAACACAAGGAGGGAUCCAGUUUGUCCGACUGGGAUCAAGACCACAUGUUUCUACGAGGGGCCUCACAUUUGUCAUUUCUUGCCUACUACGCAAGAAUGCAGAUUUCUUCUGACAGCCUCCCUGUCAGAAACUUCACAGUUGGCAGGAAUUAUAGACCAGCCAAUGCUGUGAACAAGACAUUGCCUGGUCUAUUUGGAGCUCUCCAAUCAGUGAGGGUGUGUGCCUGUACUCUGGAAGAGAGAAUGGAAGAGUGUUCCACAGAAUGUGAUAUGAUGGUCCAAGCCAUCAAAGAGAUCUAUAGAGAGUUUGACUUGCCUUUCAGGAUUGUUUCCAUACCAGUGCCAUUGCUUUGCGCAUAUGAGCAGAAGCGGCUUGAAGUCCAGAUAUGGGUGCCCACUAUGCAGACAUACUUAAAGGUAGGUUCAGUUGCAGCCCAUGGUGACUUCCACAGCAGAAGGCUCAUGAUUCGCAGUGCAAGAGACAGACAAGAUGCUGUGGAACCUGUUCACAUGGUGUACAGCGAUGUAACAGACAUAACAACAAUGUUGGCUGUACUGUUGGAACAUGGGCGACUUGACAAAUACUGGAGAACUAUGUGAUCGUUUUGUAAUAUUAUACAGUGCUGUUGUGAUAUCAUUCAAAUAAGUAUAAUGAAUGUAAUGGGAUACAAAAAGAAACCAUGGAAACCUCUA